CCUGCUGCUGCUGCAGUCGGUCGAAGGUCAUUGGCUUAGCUACGACCGCUCCGAAAUGGGAUUAGUGAGUUUAAAUCAGUUUUGUGGUUUAAAAUUGUUGACUUUAUUAUUUUACCGAUUCGGCAGUUAAAAACAUAAUUAUUUGAGCGGCGAUUCAAGAAAACGUGGACUUUGGGCUUCAAAAUAUUCUCCACUCCGUUUUGUCGCUCGUUUGUUUUAUGAUUGGGUAUUUUAAAGUGAUUCAUUUGUAAUCUAAAAACUUCAGUAGCAAAGUUAUUUUUUCUUAAGUUAGUGGAAAACAUUUUAACUGAGUUCAAUGAAGCUAGAUGCAGGGUAGUUCAUUAUAAUGGGGUAGUUCCUGUGAUGGACAUCUUAUCAUUGUGCAAGAUGUUAAUAACAUCAAAAAAGUGAAAUUUGAAUAAAGAACUAUAGCAAACCUUCCCACCAGUAGCAUGAACUAAUCAGGCGUCGCAAUAAUGGAUGAAAGAAACGGAGAUUGCUUCCAUCACCAUGAUGCGCUAUUCGCACCGACACUGACCUCAGGUGGCCUGGAUUCAGACCAUGAAACAGACUGCCUCAAAGAUUUUCUUCUUGAGCCUACACCAGUGCCUGCUCCCACCUGUAACCCGACAUUGAUACCAUCGCAAAUUUGUGAUCCGAAACCCAAUUGUCUCGGCACAAGUUCCAGUUCAAUAUCACAAAUAACGCCGAUGAGUAGUGGACCAUCCUACGGUUAUGGCACAAAUGAUUUCAACAGCCUCAGCAACUUAAACAUGAUGCAGCAAGUACAGGGAACGAUGUCUAUGCAACAAGCACCAUCGAUGCCCAGUAUGGAACUGAGUUCAUUCAGUCAAAAAGGGAACAGCUGGCCUCCAGUAAUGGACCCCUUCCAGAACCAAGUUCCAUCACCUCUUCUUUCUAACUUUCCGACGCCCAGCCCUGUGACACCUCAACACAUUCCCGAUCAAUUAGAAUUGACUGUUAAUGGUUCUAUUACAUCACCUGCUGAAUCUAAUCGUAAUGGUGAAUGUUCCAGUGUUAGUGAUUGUGUUGUUAGUCCAUUAACACCAGCAAGUCAGUUGACACCUCGAACAACCGGGAGUGAAAGGUCCAUUGAAACUGAAACGACUCCAGGAAGUGAGCGAAGUGUCAAUAGUGACAAAUUCUCUCCCAGAGUAGAACUAGAAAACCUUGAAAUCACACCAGAAACUUCUAGUAAUUUUAGUGUAAGUUCGCAGAUAAAAUCUGAGAAAGAAGAUAAGAGAAAGUAUAAAAGUGGCCGGAAAAGGAAAAGUGAAUCAUCAAGCACCAGUCACCGCAAACAAAAGCACAGUUCGUCAACAUCAGCUAAAAGUAGAAAACCAACUUAUCAGAGUGAAAUAGCCCCAGAUGUCAAUGGAAUCAAAAUCAAAAUAUCUCUGAAAAGUGCUCCGACUCCUCCUUUCAGGCGGCGAAAGAACAGUAAAAAAGCGAUAGUGCAAGUUGAUGAAGAACCUAAAGAACAAAGUGUUUGGGGAGAGAAGUUGCCAGACAAAGUUUUGAAGAAUAUUUUCAGAAUCAUUACGGAAACUGACGGUUGCAUUCCUUUCCUCGUGAGAGUAUCAAGAGUUUGUCGAUUAUGGCGAAGAGUGGCAAGUGAUCCAACUUUAUGGCACAAUAUUGAUCUGUCCAGCAAAUGGGUCUCCAAAAAUCCUAUCGUCAAUGAACUUAACUUUCGUUGGCUUUGUGAAAACCGUUUGGCUAAUGUUCAGGAACUUAAUUUAGGAGGUUGGAAAUUCAACGGAAUUCCAGCUAUUUUGGAUAAAAUCACAAGCUCUUGUACAGAUCUGUGUGGUCUAAGUCUCCAAGGUUGGGAAGGACUAAGUAGUGAACACUUGCGCUUUCUUUUGGAGAGGUGUAAGAAACUUCAAAGACUAGACUUAUCUGGCAUCAAUCCACAGCUGGGAUCGAAGCAAAAUUGUGCUGUAUCACUCCAUUCCUUACUUUAUUUAGCUGAAGAGAUGGGUGAACGUUGUACCUCCUUAAUAUUGUCAAAUAAUAGAUUAAGUGGAAUUCCUCAAAUUAUCAAUGCGCUAGCUACUCACUGUCCAAAUCUUCAAUUGCUGGAUAUGUCAAAUGUAAGGACAGUGGCUAUGAAUGGUCUCAUCCACAUUGAAAAACUGCAAGAAGGCUGUCAAAAGUUAAGGGUGUUUCGGAUCACCAAUAGUCAAUUUGCCUUAGCUGUUGUUCCUCUCAUUGAGCAGGCAGCGUCACCAGGAUUUCCUUUAUUAGAAGAACUAAGCGCAGCAAGCAACUCAAAUACAUUGAGCACAACUACAGAACCUAUGAUUGAUGAUGAAUCAUUAGAGAGAUUACUAAAAAAUGCACAAAAAUUGCGAUUAUUGGAUGUCCGAGGCUGUAGUAGAGUAACUGAUUCUAGUCUUGUCAGAGUUUCUGCGUGGGACCUGACUCAUCUCUAUCUUUCAGGGAGCUACGUAACUCGAAAUGAGUCGGGGUUAGAUUUAAUUUGUCAAAAGUGGUCGCAUAGUUUAACUGAAGUUGAUCUGGCAUGGAGUACAAAUACAAGGACGCUGGAUACUGCUGUUAGUGUUUUAGCUGAGCAAGCUGAAAACUCUCCCCUAAGGGUGCUGGAUCUAACUGGUUCUUCAGUCAGUCUGGAGCCAGUGAAAGCAGUCUUGACCAGGUGUCCCCUGUUAGCAUCUUUAAAUCUCACAUCAUGCCGUGGUCUUCCGCGCGGAAUCAAGAGAGCGUACAAAGGACAUGAAUUAGUAGAAUUACGCAAUACUUUAGUGAAAGAAGAUGAGAAAUCGCAAGAUGAAUCACAAGAAAGUAAUACUUCUCAGGAGAAACCGAAUGUUGCCUCUCCGUCUGUUACUGUGUAAAGAAUGUUUACACCCUUGUUAUUAUAUUUCUUAACUUUUUUUCUAAUGUUAUUUUAUCCUAGCAAAUUUUUUCAACUGUUGUCUUGCAAUUUGGUCAUCGUACAGCAUGCUGUUAGUUACCAUUAUCUCUGCCGUUUCCUGAUAUUAUUUGUUUGUUCCUGUGCCCUCAGUGACACAAUUUAAAAUUCCUGUAUUCUUUUGGGGGAACAGAUUACAAGUGGCAAGUAGUUUAAAAAAUCUUUAGCUUCAAAUUUCAGUUGGUUUGUUUUUGUUUCUCGACCUUGUUAGAAACAAACUCAUGUUAAAUGUUGGAGAGGCAUAGUCUUGAUUGUAUGAAGAAUUUCAUACUUAUGAUCAAUUGUUAUCGAUUAAAGUAAAAUUUGAGAAAAUAGAAUGAGGAAAAGGUGAAAGGUGUCUUUUAUCCCCUUGUGUGUUUCGCCUUAUUUUUUACUUCAGGUCAUCACACUUCUAAGAUAGAACUUAAUCAGCAUUAAAUCAUUGUUAGUCAUUGGGUACAUUUUCAAUUGAAGAAAAGUAAGCAGAGCUCCUUGCUUUCAAAUCCAGACAGUACAUAGAUGUAUUGAACUUGUCCGAAGAAGUCCUUUUUCAUGUUUCAAAGUGUUCAAUUUUUUAAUUAUUUAUUCUGAUUGGUAUGAGACAGCAUAUUGCACAAUGACCAAAGGUACAUUGUCUCCAUUAGAGCCAGCCUAAUUACUCAGAGUCUGAACAGCGAGAUUUUCCAUCACCCACUUUUUGUUCAAGAAUGAAGAAUUACAAAAUAUACUUCUUAUCAGAAUUGUGUAUCACUGUAAAAAAAUUUAUGGUACAACAUCAUUUUAACUAUUUAUGGCUUUUGAUCAUUGUUAGUUUCAUUUUAAGCAUGUAAUGAUUCCUACAUGUUGUACAUCAGAUCUCAGCACUAAGCAUCAUCUUAAUAAGUGUAUAUAUUCUGAAAUUCAUAAGAAUUGUAUUUAAAAGAUCAUUAAUUCCAACUAUUUAAAAUAUCGGAAAUUUUAAAAUAAGCAAAUCAAUUCUGUCUCACUAAAUACAUUUUAAUCAUCCACUGAUUCUAAUUUAGUUUACAUUGAAUGCCUGAAUUUACUUUUAGCCGCUGACCACAUUUCAUUGCCUUUAGGAUGCUCACAAUGUAUGUUUUAUGAACAGGUUGUGUCAAGGUGAAGAUUAUUACUAAUUGUUGCAAUGAUUUUGACUUUUUAAAACGAAAUUACUUCAUUAAUUUGUAUUUUUAAAACAUCUCUUUUUGCUACUAAUAAAUUCAAGAUGGUUCCCAGAGUUUUUGUAAAUUCAGAAUUGGCUACAAACAAUUCAUUAAUGGCACACUCGAUGGAAUUUUGUCGUAGUCCCUUUUCCCCACUCUUCAUCUCAUAAAAAAAUGGAAAAAUUUAUUAGCUUCUUGGCACACUUAUGCGCUCCAAUAAUCUCACUGUACAUCUCACUCACACAUACUCAUUUGUACUCGAGAGCCAAAAGUUCUUAUUUUAGUUUGUGUCUUUUUAAAUCACUGUUUUAAAGUAUGUUUUUUGAAAGAACGCAAUGUUUCAUCACAGGAGAGCCCCCACUGUGAACUAAUUUAAGGAACCUGAAUGUUUUAUAUAUUUAUAUUACAUUAGUUUAUCAGAUCAAUGAACUCCUCCCAUUCAAUGUAUCAAUUUACAGAAUGCAGUUGAUAAUGAAGUGCAAACUCCCAUUUUGCAAUUUUUUCGACAGUUUUCUGUGUAAUUUGAAGGUAAAGCACACUUUUUUAUCAUUCUUGAGUAUGAUAUUGUGUGCCUUGGCAAAAAGGGAUGUUGUACUUGGAUCUUACUACAAGCGGUGAACAGUUACCUACUCAGACCUUAUUUUACAGUUCUUUUCAGUAACUGUUCAUUAGGGUGUAUCCUAGGAAGUUUUAAGCCCAAAUUUCAGACGAGACAGUAAUUUUUAUUGUAUGUAGUGCUGUGGAGGGGCACAUUCUGUUGCUUCUAUUCAAUGUGGAAAAGAUCAGCAUGCCUCCUUUUCUUUGUAUGUUCAAUAUCUUUAACCUCUAGGCAGGAAAAAUUCCAUCUAAGUGUUGACACUCGAAAUAUCAAGGUAACUAAAAUAUUGAUUGAAGACUAUUUUGCUCACAUGUCUUCCCUCUGUUGCGCUUUAAAUGGGUUCUGGUUUAGUUUUAGAGAUAAUUUACCCGUACGUAGAUUACUUAAAGUCACAAAAUUUUCAUGGUAACUAUUUGUUUCACUGAUACUGUUAGUAAGCAGAUCCUGCUCAUUCAAUGAUGUCUAAAUCCUCAUAAAUCUUUUCGAGAUGAACAGCAUUUAAUGGACCACAAGAUAUGGUAAAUUUGACUUCUACCCGAGUAACACAGGUUGCAAUAAAUUUCAAAAUUACAUCGUAAAACGAUUGCUAUUGUAUCGGAGUGUUGUGUUUGUAGUCUACAGGGUGUACCAACUAAGUGGCGACAAACUUUUAGGGGUUGUUCUAUGGCUCAAAACAAACAGAAAAGUCCUUUACCAAAAUCCUCUAGGGGGAGUUCAAUUUUUUAAAAAAAAUACCGUACGUGUUCGAUUAUGACGUCACAGUGGCAUCCUAAUAGUUGGAACCCAAAAACAAUUGCUGUCUCGUAAAGUACUCAUCAAGAGCUUAAAAAAAGGUCCGUACUGGUAAAGGUCUUAAAAAAUACCGUUUUACCGUACGUCCUGAGCAGCGUACGGUAAUACGGUAUUUUUUUUCAAGAAUUGAACUCCCCGUAACUCGAGAACCACGUGUCUUAGAGGAUUUUGACAUGGGACUUUCAUGUUUGUUUUGAGCCAUAGAAGAACCCCUGAAAGUUUGUCACCACUUAGUUGGUACACCCUGUAUUCUUUAAUUGAGGAGGCUUCUAUCAUGUGAACACUUAUCAUUUUUCUCAAACAUACACUGUGUUGAUCAGUCAUUUGCAAUGGAACCCUCCUGAGCUCAACUGAUCCAUCAGUUCAAAUUGUUAACUUUUGCAUGAUAGUGAAACAUAAUGACGGUGUAAGUUGGCAAUCACAUUACUUGGUUUGCGACGUCGCAGACUACCUGUCAUACUUUAUUUUUUAAACGGAAAACUACUCAACGGCAGUUCUUUAAAACUGCCAUGAUUUUUCUUCUCUGUGCGAAGAAAAUUCUGCAUAAACUUCAAGGAAUGAUGUCAAUUUGUUCUCCUCUAAAAAAAUAACAUAAAGACGGAGAUUCUAGACACCGUAACGGAGUUAUGUGAUUGUCGACUUACACCGUCUAUAAUUAUUUAUGUUUAACAAAGAACUCAAUUAAAGGAAGUGAAAGAGCAAAGACUCUUGCAAAAUGUUGAGGAGAUGUGAGCUGGCUUCUUUGUCACUGACAAAAGUAAAAUAGACAGUCGAGUAAAGCAGACUUUCCUGAACCGAAUUUUUCCAAACUUGUACUAUUUUCAUCUCAAAAUCACAAUUUCCUUCUCUAAAGUAAUCUGUAUAAUUCAAUUUAUCGACUUUUUGGGUACUUCUGCAGCAAAUAUUGCAAACCUGACCCCUUUCAGCAAUCUCAUCUUUCCUUGAAUUGGACUUUUCACUCCAAAAAUCCCUUCCUUUCUGGCUCAAUCAUUUUUCAAAAAGGCAAGAAAGUAUUAGUAAACAACUAGUAGAAAUUAAAUUAUCCUAGUUUUUCUCAAAUGCUUGUUAAAGUUUACCGACUCUGUCCUGCAUUCACAGUGCUUAGUUUGAUUACUGAUAAUGUAUGAUAGUUUUAUAUUGACAAAGAUACCUUUUUUUUGCAACUCUUA